AGGUGCUGGAAAGACAAGAAAGUGAGCGCUGCCGGCCGCCAGGAGGAGGCGCCAGCUGCUCAGGACGCCGGCGCCCCGCGCGGCGACGCGCGCAGUGGCCGGGAAGGGGCGCGGGUAUCGCGGGCCUUAUUUCACCGCCAGCAGCAGAGCGAGCCUGGCGCCCGGAGGCUUCGGGAGCCUGCGAGGCAGGCGGAGAGGCGGUGACGACCCCGUGGGGGUGACGCGCGCGAGGCUGCGGGGGUCCCGCCGCGCGCGCCCGCGCCACUCCUGCACCUCUGCGCGGGCCCGGCCGGCCCAGGCGGCGAUGGGGCUGCUGCAGCUGCAGCUCGUGGCCCUGCUGGUGUCGGGUCUCGUGGGGGCUGGAGGAGCUGACACGAUCGGGAACACCAGCCAGGGUUUUCUUGAAUUUUCUGUGGGGAAAUUUAGAUACUUCCAGCUCAACAAGCCUUUUCCACAGGAAGCCAUUUUGCAUCAUAUUCCAAGCAACGUGAGUUUUGUCAUAUUCCAGAUACAUUCACAGUAUCGGAAUACCACAGUUUCUUAUUCAAGGACUGUCCUCCCCAGCACUUCUGCCACAGGCAAUGACAAAGGACUGGUUUCCAUUCUGAGACCAGAGCAGAGUACGUGCACUUGGUAUCUGGCAUCUGUAGAUGCGAAGCCUGUCCAGAGUGUGGCCAUUCCGCUCUCUUACUCGGAAAGAGAUCCUAUCCCUGGAGGCUGUAAUUUGGAGUUUGAUUUAGAUAUUGAUCCCAACAUUUACUUGGAGUAUAAUUUCUUUGAAACGACUAUCAAGUUUGCUCCAGCAAACCUAGGCUAUGCGAGAGACGUGACUCCUCCAUCCUGUGAUACUGGGAUGGGCCAGGAGUUUAGGUGGAGGUUGCAGUACGAUGUAUAUCAGUAUUUUCUGCCUGAGAAUGAGCUCGCAGAAGAUGUGCUACUGCAGCACCUGCAGAGAAUGGCCCAGGUGUUCCAGGUGAAGGCCAGUGCUGCGAAGGUGGUUACCUUGACAGCUAAUGAUAAGACAAGCGUUUCCUUCUCCUCCCUGCCUGGACAAGGAGUCAUUUAUAAUGUCAUUGUUUGGGACCCGCUCCUAAAUACAUCUGCUGCUUAUGUUCCUGCUCACACAUACGCUUGUACAUUUGAGGCACGGGAAGGCAGCUGUGCUUCCCUUGGAAGAGUCUCCACCAAAGUGUUCUUCACUCUUUUUGCCCUGCUUGGUCUCUUCAUUUGUUUCUUUGGACACAGAUUCUGGAAAACAGAAUUAUUCUUCAUAGGCUUUAUCUUCAUGGGAUUCCUCUUUUACAUUCUGAUUACAAGACUGACACUUCUGAAGUAUGACGUUCGACUGACCCUGACAGCUGUCGCUGGCGGUGUCAGCGGAGUUUUCCUGGUGGCCAUCUGGUGGCGAUUCGGGACCCUCGGGCUGUGCAUGCUGUGUGCUGGGCUUGUCCUGGGCUUUCUCAUCUCAGCAGUGGCCUUCUUCACGCCUCUGGGAAACCUAAAGGUUUUUCGUGAUGAUGCUGUGUUUUGGGUGACUUUCUCUUGUAUCACUGUCUUCAUUCCAGUAGUUUUCUUGGGCUGCCUAAGAAUACUGAACAUCCUGACCUGCGGAGUGGUUGGCUCGUACUCGGUGGUUUUGGCUGUUGACAGUUACAUGUACACAAGCCUUUCUUACAUCACUCUGAACGUUCUCAGGAGGGCACUCAACACGGAUUUCCACAGAGCUUUCACAAAUGUGCCUUCUCAAACUAAUGACUUUAUUAUCCUGGCAGUAUGGGGGAUGCUGGCUGUCAGCGGAGUCACGUUACAGAUACGAAGAGAAAGGGGGCGACCGCCUUUCCCACCUCACCCGUACAAGCUGUGGAAGCAAGAGAGAGCCCGCCGCAUAACAAACAUCCUGGAUCCCAGCUACCACCUGCCUCCGCUGAGAGAAAGGCUUCAUCGUCAGUUGACCCAGAUCAAAGACCUCUUCCAGAAAAAGCAGCCUGCAGGAGAGAGGACUCCCCUGCUUCUUUAGAGUGGUGUGGGUUUGGUCAGGGAACCUCAACUCUGGAGCUCACGCCAGAUGGCUUCAGCAGUCUGCGGUGUAUUGCUAACAUGGUCACGCCUGGCAUUUCAGGGUGUCUUUACUGAUACAUGGUGAGGGUUCACUAGGCCAUCAGGAUGAGUCUAAGUCAGAAAGGUGACCAAAAAAGUUGGUGGUAGGGAGGCUUUUCCUUAUUCAAAUUACCCGAAUGCAUUGUCUUUUGGUUUACAGAUCUAGGAUCCAUACAGUCCAUUCAAUACACCAAAAACUCAAAAAUGAGUAACAGGGGUUCUCGCCCUGCUGUUUUUUUCUGUAAGUCCUCGACAGUCCCCUUCCCUGACUCUAACCGUGGGGAGUGGGAGGUAUUUCAGUAUUACAUUGGGCAUUUGCCUCUCUGUUUGCAGAUAGAGGGAUUUGAUCCUGAGCCCUUGAAUGUCAGAAUAUAAAAAGUCAUUUUUUUUCUUAUGUAACCAAUCUGGGUACUUGGUUUGCAUGUUCUUUUAAUCAACAAGGUAUCUUCGUUUUAACAUUUAAAAUUUUUAAUUGUAAACUACACGUUAAACUCACCAACUUAUUUUUAGGGUACAGUUCAGUGGGAUCCCUUUGUUUUUGCCUUUCAUUGCUUAAAAAACGCUAACUUUUCAAGUGGUUAAAUCACAUCAGUCAUUUAGAAAUUCUACAUAGCUAAUAGAAUGUUUAUAUAGGUAAUUUAUUUAUGUUCCAAAUAAAGGACUUGGGUUUUUUUUUUUUUUCCUUUCAAGACCUUUUAAGAUAGUGUUUAAACUGCAUUAGGUGACAUGGAUCAUGUUUCAUUUCAAGGAAAUAAGCUGAUCCCUAGCCUUAAUGUAUGGUGCCAUUAACAACCUUGAAAAAAUUCCUUCUUUUUGCCAAAAUAGCUGUGUUAGCAUUAAGGUACAGUAGUUUUUAAUUGGUUUUGACUGCUUUCUUGUCAUGCGAGCCUGUGCACUGUGUUUUGAAGUGAUAAGGAGGCAGUCAGUUAUCAAGGAGACUGGGUGUGAUCUGCGUUUAAUCAGGCCCAGCUUGGAUACCCGAAGGCAGGUGCCCUGAGUUUGGUAUUCUUUUUUUUUCUUUUUGUCUUUUUCCUUUUUACCGGUACCAGGGAUCGAACUCACAACUGCCUGCUUGCAAGGCAGGCACUUAUGCUGCUGAGCUAAAUCCCCAGCCCCAAGUUUGGUAUUCUUGAUUAAUCACAAAAAAGACCCCGGCAGCCCUGGGCCGCUUUCCUCCUGCUCACUGCCUUUUUUUCUUACCUGAUGGAGCUCUGGAUUGUGAGCCAGUUCCUCUCACAAGCUGGGGUCGUUUGUGGCCAUGGCACAUAAUGUUUGUGAGGUAACCACUACGUAAGUGAUGCUGCUUGUUUGAAUUUCUUCAGGGUAUAAAAGAUUAUUGAAGUUUUGUGUACCUGGAGAUACCUUUAACUUUUGCUUUUAAAAGUGUGUUGGGAAGGGUUAAAAAAAAAAAACCUGAGAAAAUAGAAAAUGAACCGUUUUUGCUUUGAAAAAAUCAGUGCAGGUAUCUACUUACUGCUCUAUAAUUCUUAUUGUUUAUAACUUCAGCCAAAAAAAUCUGAUUGAAAAGGUACUGUAGGGACUCUGGUUUCUACCGUAUCUUUGUACAUUCUAACAAGGUUUAAUGAAAUGUCGUGAGUUAUUCUCUGUACCACCAAAAUUUCUGUACUGCCUCAACUGUAGAAGGCAGAUCACACUUCUUUGGAGAGAGGACACAAGUUAUUUAAAAACUUUCACUAUGACUUGUAAUUUUAAAAAGUCACUUUGUACAAUUUUUAUAAUAAAUUCCUGUUUUCAAAAA